UUACACACGCAAUGAGGAAGUAACAGCGAAACAUCGUUUGAGUUUGUGGUAGCUUCCUGCACGUUGUCUGGGAGACUUUUUUAUGUGUGCUGUCGCCGGUUAGUUGUAUGCUUUUCUCCGACAGAGUGUAUCGGAAACCUUCCAUUUAGCAAACUGGGAAGAAAACAUGAAGUCACCGGAUCCGUGUUUUAUAUUCCUGUUGAGUUUACUAGUAGUCAGCUCCUGCUCUGGAUUCUAUCUUCCGGGUUUAGCGCCAGUCAGUUUUUGUGAAAAUGUAUCGGAAGGCGUUCCGGGGGAAUGUCAGACUGAGAUCCAGCUGUUUGUGAACAGAUUAGACUCUGUGGAAUCAGUCCUCCCUUUUGAGUAUGAUGCGUUUGAUUUCUGCAAAGAUAAAAAUGAAAGAAGACCUUCAGAGAACCUUGGUCAGGUGUUAUUUGGAGAAAGAAUAGAGACAUCCCCAUACAAGUUUUCAUUUAAGGCUGACCAGGCAUGUAAGAAGGUCUGCACCAAAUAUUAUGAUACUUCUGAAAAAGAGGCUAAGUUAAAGUUGGAUUUUCUAAAGAGAGGAAUGGAGCUGAAUUACCAGCACCACUGGAUUGUGGACAACAUGCCUGUAACAUGGUGUUAUAUUGUGGAGAGCGAUCAGAAAAUCUGCAAUCCCGGAUUUCCAAUUGGAUGCCUUGUUAACCAAGAGGGUAAACCAAAGGAUGCCUGUGUUAUCAAUGCCGAGUUCAACAAGAAGAACACUUAUUAUCUUUUCAACCAUGUGGACAUCACCAUAACUUACCACAGUGGGGAUGAACAGGCUGGGAUUGGUGCUCGACUUGUGACAGCUACUCUGGAACCAAAGAGUGUCAAACACAGUGAUGAGGAAAAUCAAUCUUGCGAAGGCCCUCCCAUGGAGAUACCAGCAGAAUUCAGCAGUAAUCUCAAAGUGACCUACUCUUAUUCAAUUAAAUUCAAGCCAAAUGAUGACAUUAAGUGGGCUUCUCGGUGGGAUUACAUUUUGGUUUCCAUGCCACACACCAACAUCCAGUGGUUCAGCAUCAUGAACUCAUUGGUUAUUGUGCUCUUCCUGUCUGGCAUGGUGGCAAUGAUUAUGCUUAGAACACUGCACAAGGACAUUGUCAGGUACAACCAGAUGGACCAGGCAGACUGGGUUAAGAUCCCUCCAGCUGCAAACAGUACUUAUGAAGAUGCCCAGGAGGAGUCCGGGUGGAAGCAGGUACAUGGAGACGUUUUCAGGCCACCCAAGAUGGGCAUGCUCCUGUCUGUCUUCCUCGGACAGGGCACUCAGAUUUUCACCAUGACCUUCAUCACCCUUUUGCUGGCCUGUCUGGGCUUCCUCUCUCCAGCCAACAGAGGAGCUCUCAUGACCUGUGCAGUAGUACUGUGGGUUCUGUUGGGCACACCUGCUGGCUAUGUCUCAGCCAGACUCUAUAAGACUUUUGGUGGUGAAAACUGGAAAACCAAUGUUCUUCUCACAGCCUUUUUGUGUCCUGGGAUUGUAUUUGUGGACUUCUUCCUGAUGAAUCUGAUCCUAUGGGUAGAGGGCUCGUCUGCUGCUGUUCCCUUUGGUACACUCGUGGCCAUCCUGGCACUGUGGUUUGGCAUCUCUGUACCUCUCACUCUUGUGGGUGCAUACUUUGGCUUCAAGAAAACAGGCAUUGAGCCACCAGUGCGAACAAACCAGAUCCCACGCCAAAUUCCUCAGCAGUCCUUUUUCACCAAACCUGUGCCAGGCAUCUUCAUGGGCGGCAUCCUGCCCUUUGGCUGCAUCUUCAUCCAGCUCUUCUUCAUCCUCAACAGCAUUUGGUCUCAUCAGAUGUAUUACAUGUUUGGCUUCCUUUUCCUGGUCUUCAUCAUCCUGGUCAUUACCUGCUCCGAGGCCACUGUUUUGCUCUGCUAUUUCCAUUUAUGUGCAGAGGAUUAUCACUGGUGGUGGCGAUCGUUCCUGACCAGUGGUUUUACGGCCGCGUAUCUGUUUGUCUACGCAGUGCAUUACUUCUUUUCAAAACUACAACUUGUUGGUGCUGCAAGCACCAUACUCUACUUUGGCUACACCAUGAUCAUGGUGCUCAUUUUCUUUAUUUUUACAGGUACUAUAGGCUUCUUCGCCUGCUUUUGGUUUGUAAAUAAAAUCUACAGUGUGCUGAAAGUGGACUAAGGGAAGGAAAUUUGGAGAACAUAUCAUCUUUAUACAGAUCAGCUUUUCAGUGGGUGGAAAUCUGAAGAGACAUUGAAAUGAAGGAAAACAUUUCUAAGGAAUCAGAAAACACCUCUCUUUCUUUACUGGUGGUGUGUGGCUAAACUGUCUGUCAUUCACUUGGUGUUAUAGGGAUAGUUCAUCCAAAAAUGAACAUUUUGUCAUCAUUUACUCACUCUUCAUGUUGUUCCAAACCUGUAUGAGUAAAGGAUGACAGAAUUUCCAUGUUAGGUGAACAGUCCCUUUAAUUUGCACACUUUCCUGCGGUAGGUCUGUGUUUGAAUGCCAAAGACUUUUUACUGUGCUUUACUUGUCUCAGUUUGCCUAGGACUUCAUUCUAGCUUCUAAACACACAGUGCUUUGAGCAGAUGCCCAUAUCAUUAUAUAAAAGUCUUAUGCUUUUAUAUUGAAAUGCAAAUGUACUGUAUGUUUUACUUCUCUGUUAUGACGUACAGUUAUUUGAAUAUUUAAUAAAAUUAUUCCUGUCCAUUGUGUUUAUAUAUAUAUAUAUAUAUAUAUAUAUAUAUAUAUAUAUAUAUAUAUAUAUAUAUAUAUAUAUAAUCAUCUGUAUGUAUAAUUUGCUCUGAAAGAUCAAUCACAGGACACUUUAUUAGGCAUGUGAAAUCAUAUCACAGUAGCCUUUAUGAUGUCAUCUAUUUGUGGAUAUAAAUAAUGAUUGUUAGUUUGUCGUCAUUGUCAAAAUUAUUUUGUUCCAUUUGUUUUUAUGGUUUUAUCACUGACAAUUUCUUUUAAUGGAAUGCAGGAAACAGAAGAAUGGUUAAGAAGCACAUAUUUUGCUAUUGGGCACUUUUAUACAAGUUAUAAUGUCUUAAUAAUGGGAGAUAUUAGUUAUUUUAUACUUUAUAAAUUAUUUAAAUGUGUAGUUCAGAAACAGCUAGAUCAUUCCAUAAAAAACCUAUACAUGCUUGCACAUCUCCCCCCAAUAUCUUUAAUUUAAAAUCCCACAGAAUGUACUGCUUUAUCAAGUCUUGUGAGGUAUACAUCAACAUUCUUUACCAUGUUAAAAUGAAAGAAAAAUAAAAGUACAUCGUUACAAAAAUUA